ACUUAGUUAACAUCAAACAAACAUAAAUCAAACUUAAGUUAUAUCUAUACAUACAAAAACAAUUACCUGCGAUUACACUGCGAUUUAUGAAACGUACCUAAUCAUUUUUGAACUCCAUUUUCCAAGUCUUAGAGUCUAAAAUAGCGUGUUUUGAAAUUUGAAGAUCGUUAAAGGCAUUGUUGGUUACCAGGAAAAUGAGAAAAGUGUUUUGAUAAAAUAGUUGAAAAUGAAAUGUGCUAUAUUUGUGUGUUUUAUAUUAUUUAACAAUAUAUCUCUAUUAGUAACUAAAGAUGUACGUGUGAUGGAUUUAAGAAGGUUUAUAGACCUGAUUCAAAGACGUCGAUACAUCGAUAGCGAUGAAGACAUUCUUGGUGUACCACACUCGGUAGAGGAUCUCCCUGAAGCAGAACCCAUACACCCAGGCCACACUUUGUUACGACCUUCGAGAGGGAUGUUGAAAUCUUCAGUGAAGUUCCCUCACAAAGACGCCGGAGACAUGGCCGUGUAUGGAAAUUUUAAAAAUCUGGGAAUAACAUUUGGUAAAACCAAUCAACGAUUGCUGUAUACGAACUUUAGGAAAGCGGAAAAUAUCCUGACAUACUUGUUGGAGAAAGCUAUACGAAAUAUUCAAAAGAAAAAACAUUCAACUCAACAGGAAAGGAAACCUGUGGUUAUUAUUGAAAUUGAUCCAGCGAAUUUAAAACGAAUGGCAUAUGACUAUCCGUUCAAGAAAGAUUUAAGAGAGCUGUCCGAUAUCGACAAUAAUGCCAGCGAAGCUCUAGACGGAUCGAAUGAAGCAAACGCGAAUAUUUUUUCUUUGCCAACUAGAAGAAAAAGCUCCAAGCGCGGAAAAAGUAGCAAGUUUAGAGAGUCAGAAACAACUGACACGUCUGAUUCCUCUGAUUCUUCGGACUAUGAGAGCAACCCUGGAAACCCGUACACCGUCCACAAGGACAAAUAUAAGCAGAAUUGGAUGUGGAAUCAUGUUAUGGAUGGGAGUCAUAUGAAUGUAAAUCCAUACGCACCGAAAUUUGACAGCCAAGGUCCCUCAGCAGCUGCAUUCUUUUUUGGAAGGAAAUGGUGGUAUUACAACCAGGAUGAUUUUCAACCACUAAGUUAGUGGACUAUGAAGUACUUGGUACUUGCAAAUAAAACCUUUUAACAUAGGUAUUGAAAAUAAAAUGAUUCAUAUUCAAACCAGA